UCGAUGGUGUCGGUACUGCCGCUGUUUAGUAGCGAAACACGGCUAUCUUCAUUGUAUUUAAGUUAAUAUAUCAAAUUUUCAGUAGUGUCAAUAAGAUUAUCAAACCUUUCUGCGACAAUGACAGAUGUUCCGGAGCACCUAAUUAGCGGGCCAAAGGCUGGGAUAAAUUACCCACUCACGGUUCAAUACUGCGGAAAUUGUUCAAUGCCAAUAGAGUACUGUGAAUACUAUCCGGACUACGAGAAAUGUAAAAUUUGGCUGGAGAAAAAUCUGCCCACAGAAUUCUCGAAAGUUAAACUGGAUGACGCAGAUGGUGGUGCUACGGAUGAUGACAAGAAGCGUCAGAAACGCGGCGGUAAAGGGAUAAUGAAAGCGAAAAAGAGCAAAGAUGAUGGACCGAAAAAAGUUUGCGUUUCCCGGGCGCCUCGAGGAAAGAAGAAGUCAGUGACUGUUGUGACCGGUUUAAGUACAUUUGAUAUUGAUUUGAAAGUGGCCGCUAAAUACUUUGGAACGAAAUUCGCUUGUGGUUCAUCGGUUACGGGUGACGAUGAGAUUGUUAUUCAGGGUGAUGUUAAAGAUGAUUUGUUAGAGGUUAUACCGGAAAAAUGGCCUGAAAUUGACGAAAUAGACGAUCUGGGUGAUCAAAAGCGAUAGUGUGCGAUACAGUCCAUUUUAUGCGACUGAUGACAUGCAUACUGCACAUAAACAUACCUAGAAGAGAAUCCCCGCUCCCUUUUGAUAAGUCUUUACAUUUGAUUGAUUUAUAAUUUAUUGUGAUUUUUUUAUAAAAUUCAAUUCUUAAAAUGUAAGAAAAAUAACAUUCUGUCAACGUCAA